AUGUACAGCUUGGAUGCCUUGGUCGCCGACGGCGACUACAGCGUGUAUGACUUGCAGCCCGACCGACGAAGCGUAGACGUUGCCAUAAAUGGUGUUUGCAAUGACACCAUCGAAGUCCAAGCUGUUUACACGAUCAACGGCAAUGAAUGUCAGAACUCAAAUAAUCUUCGCGCAGUCAAAACAAGAACUGGAAAGACUACUGCCUAUUCGCAGCUCAAGAAUGGUGCAGGACUUCGAAAAUGUCUCGAUCAUCGCAGCCAGAAAGGUGUUCCCGAAUGUCUCAGUAAAAGGACGUGGGUUCCACCUAGCAAUGGCGUGAAAUAG